UUCGAGGUUGAGUUUACUCUUUGACGUCAGGUUAGUGUCCAUCCAUCCCCCUCAUAUGUUGGUGCUGCAAUGUCGACAUGACAUUUACGAGCUCAAACCUGGCUUCAACAUCGUGGGAACUGACGACACUACGUGCCACUUGGUGCUCGAACCAGCCAACCAUGUCGAGCCCAUGCAUGCCAUCAUCAACGUGUCCACGGACAUGCAGAGUGCGGUGCUUCGCCCCAUCGGGGUUGUCGCUAUCAACAACACUGCCGUGACAACGAUAACGUCAUUGCGGAUGGGCGACGUCGUGUCGUUUGGUUGUCCGACGGAUGCCGAAGGGGUGUUGUUGCUGUUCAAGUGGGCAACGUCACCCUAUCCUUUUGAUUCCUCAAUUGGUGUGACGUGAUGAUACUCCACAGGUUUGACGCGUAUGUGACGCACAGCGUGGGCGAUUCCAUCGUAGCGCGCAACCGCAAGAAGCCCAUGUUGACCAAAUUGAAUCAUGUACUGGGGCACAUUCCGUACAUGAACGACAUGUUUGUAUCGGCCCAGUUGCUCGAUUCGGCCAAACUGAAAAACCAAAGCUUUGACAUCGACAGCGACGACGACGACAGCGACAACGACGACGACGUGACGGACAAGAACAACGCUGCUGCUGCUUUUGAUGUGAAUGAAGCGGACAAGUCGACGUUAUCGCUAAAAGUGAAACGAAGUAAGCGCACAACGGUGGUGGCAGCGCAAGUACGACCGACUAGAGUUCAGCCAGUGGAUGAUAUCAGUGGAGCUAUUGCUACUCUGCAAUCUCGUCACGUUGCAGAGCGAACGCAGUGGCAGGAUGACUUAUGCGCAGCAAAGAAACAAGUCCAACGGCUGCAGCAGGAGCUAGCGUCGAAACAACCCGCGACGUGUGAGUCGAGCUCGCAAUGUAACCUUCCCGAGACCGUUCCAGGAGCUGAUGCCAGCCAUGAACAAGAAUCGUCGAUACAGAAGCGCGCAACUCCAGUUGCAAAACCAGCGUCGUGGCUGUCGGUGAUCGUACUGGGCAGAGAAUGGCCCGUGCACACCAAACAUGUUUUGGUGGUGGCCAGUGUCGUCUACUUCACUUGCAAAGGGGCAUGUAGGGCCAUCAAUAAAGCUUAGCCGUGCGAGCCGAAAAGUUCAUUAGUGGGGUCAACAAUUCGCUCAUUGGUGAACGUGGGACCAAUCAGAGCUAGGAGAGUUGAAUUAACCGGAACACCUCCAGUAAUAUACUAGAGUAGCAUACAAA